CACCCAUAAACAAGCCUUUUGUUUUCAGACAGCACAAGAAGAAUCUCAUGCAGAAGACAAAAACAGCAAAAGCUCCAGCUCCACUACAAAAACAAGCGCCAGGUGAAACGGAAGCACAUAUUCCAUCACAGGAUCCAAAAGACAAGGCAAGACAAGGUCAAUCUUCAUCCACAUCAGACAUGACGGAGCAUGCUGAGGAUGACGCACAGGGAGGUAAAGUGGAUGCUUCAUCAGAGCUGACCGCGUUGUGGGAAAAAAAGGACACUGAGGUGGUGGUGUCUGUAGUCCCCACUCAAAUAAGAGGCAACAGUUUUACCAUCCGUCACUCUGACAUGCGGACCCUUAGACCACACCAGUGGCUUACAGGCGAGAUCAUCGAGUGUCUUUUCCAUAUACAUGCACAUAAAUGUGAACUGGGGACGAGGAUUUAUAUUCUCAACCACUACUCAGCUGGUGUGAUCCUCUUUGGGAAAAGAGAAGAGGUCAUGAAGCACACUUUGUCAAAGAUACACUUUGACAGCUAUGGAGCCAUUGUGUCCUUUGUACAUGUAGACGGUAUACACUGGAAAUUUCUGUACAUCAAUGCUGAAGAAAGCACAGUGUAUUUGGCAGAUCCUGCACGCAACUCUGCAGAGCAGGCAGAGUCAGACAAUGCUGCCAACAAAUUCAGUGAUUACUUCAAAAUGAGGAGGACCUGCUGCAGUAAGACGGACUGGGUAGACAUAAAAUGGAAGAGAGGAGUAAUGAAACACCCAGUACAGCAGGAUGGCAAUAGCUGUGGGGUAGUUGUCUGCAUGAUGGCAAAGGAGGUCAUGGAAGUCUUUCCUAAAACACCAACAAUGGCCUUUGGGACCACAAAAAAGGAGAUGGCGCAUCAAAGAAAAGUGUUGGCCAUGGAAAUACUGACAGCAUCAGUGUUUGACAAAGAAGUCAACUGUGCCAUGUGCGCCGGCAUAAAACCACCCGGCUCAGUGCCACAUCACACCCACACUGACUGGAUUCAGUGUGACAGCUGUUUCCGGUGGUGCCACACACAGUGCCUGCAUAUGGACCAAAAGUCUCUUGAAGAGGCACAAGUUGGGGACUGGGUUUGCUCUCUGUGUGACAAAUAAUGUUUGUGCAUGAACAUGCGGUUGCUGUAUGUCCUAUAUUAACAAAAAAAGGCACCAGCUGGGGACUGGGACUCCAGACUUUUCCAAAAAGCAGGGGAUGUGGUUGCUGUGAAAGAGUUUUCAUUUAUAUGCUCAAUUUGAUAUAUUUAGAAUAUACACUGAACAAAAAUAUAAACGCAACACUUUUGUUUUUGCUCCCAUUUUUCAUGAGAUGAACUCAAAGAUCUAAAACAUUUUCUAUAAACACAAAAUAAC